CCCUUGCAGUAGCAACUUGACCUUACCAAAGGACGAGAAUCUUAAAUUUUGCUAUUUUUUUUACAUACAUCCUACUACAAGUCUACAUGUUAAAAUCAUUUAUUUUCCAUUUAACACUUUUUGUGAUUCUUCCAAACCAAAUAUCUGCUAUACUCUGGGAUGGGUUGAGAGUAAAGUUUGGCGUGCCCUCUCUUCGCAACGAGACCAACUCAUUCAUCAAAAUGCCAACCCUUGUCAGUCAUGCUGUUCAGGACGGAAUGGUCAAUAUCAGCCCGGAGUGUACGAACGGGGGGAAGUACUUCGGAUUUCGGUACAAAACCAGGAACGUGGAUGGAAUUUAUUUACUCUUUGAUAGGAACGGCAUUAUUGCAGGGAUACAAGUUUGGAUGGAUAAAUCGGACACAACCCGGGCUAACAAUCCAUUUCGCUACGACUUAAUCCCGAUGUUCCGAGAUGAGAUAAUUGGUGGAAAAUGGUACACAGUCCUUACGGCAUAUUUCGUUAAUCCGGCUUCGAUUUGCUCUACCGGACGGAACGAAACCAGUCUACACAGCCAAGGUACCGGGACGGGGCUCUACUUUCAAAAUGGGGCCACCCCACACCCCUCCAAUCUCGUGAAUGUUCCAACCUAUCGUCCCGACGCGGCCAAGGAGGGCUACACCAAUUGCGAAUGCCUCGAAGGAAUGGGAUUACACAAUUUUUGGCAGGUCGAGAAAUGGCAGGAUUCCAACUGUAGGGAAGUCCAGCCAAUCCAGCUGCUCUACAAUUUGGAUGGUGCAAUGGUCGGUUUUGUGUUCCAAAUUUUCGCGAAAUUGUCCCACCGAAUGUUUGAGUUUCCGCCAACCCAAGGGUUGAAGGUCAUCCUUGGACCCGACAGGACACCGAAUUGCAUCCUAGAGGUUAACGAAAAAUUUGGAACUACCGCCCUUCACGUGUACUUUAUUGAUAACCCGUGGGAAUUAAAGUGUCCCGUUCCCGUAGUUGUUAAAGAAUGAGAAAAUUUCUAAAAUUUUAUUUUACUGUUUAAGAAUGUUUAAUAUAUCAAAAACAAUAAAGUAUUUGGCUCUUUUA